ACUCACUAGAUAGACACACCCAAAUGUGCUCCUCCAGAUGGUAUAUAAGCCAGAUCAAUUGUUGAUAUCUUUACCAAGAGCCAGAGUAAUACAACUUUCUGCAUCACUUCAGUAUAGAAGCUUCUACAACUAUGAGAGCCAUCAUAUUUCUAUUGAGCUACAUGACAACAUCUUUUGCAGAAAAGCAAGAUCUCUCUGGCAAAAUGUUCACAUUUCCAGUGGAGUCUGAUACAGCUCAUGUGAUCUUGAUUCCCAACCUGAGCAAGAGUCUGACUGCAGUGACCGUGUGUCUGCGUUUCUUCUCAGACCUGACCAGAUCGAAGAGUCUCUUCUCUGUCGCCACCCCCACUAGUGACAAUGCUUUCCUUCUUUUCAAUGAAAAUGGCUAUCAUGUAUUUCAAAAAACAGCUGCAAAGUUUGAUGGAUUAGAGGAUAAACAAAAUGAGUGGAACUCUGUCUGUGCAACUUGGGAUUCCCAGACAGGCAUCGCCCAAAUCUGGGUCAACGGAAAGCAAAGCGUCAGAAAGGGCAUCAGCAGAGGAGGCAGCAUCUCCGGAGCACCCAGUAUUAUCCUGGGUCAAGAGCAGGACAACUACGGGGGGAAGUUUGACAGAGCACAGUCUUUUGUGGGAAUGCUGACCGAUAUAAACAUGUGGGAUUCAGUUCUACCUUAUCCUGAGAUUGCUUUAUACAUGAGCAACAUUCCACAGAAAACUGAUGGCAAUGUGAUCAGCUGGAGGUCACUGGACUUCACUGCAAAUGGGUAUGUGAUUGUAGAGAACCUAGUGAGCUUAAUUUAG